CUGCUAGCCAAACGUAAACAAAUUUGUAUUUAUUUGCAUCAAUUUCUGAAAUUGUAAUAUAAUUAUAAACUAAAAACAUGAGUGAUGCGGAAGCAAAAAAAGGUGAGGAAACGCCCAAGGUUUUCUUUAAAAAAUCCGGUCGCAAAAACCUAAGACAACGCAAGAAUUCAGAUGAUGAAGAGCAGGAGGAGCAACUUACCCUGGAUGAGAUCAAGGAACGCCAGCGCCUGAGACAGCGACCCAAUGGCGUCAGCUUAGUGGGUCUAGCACUGGGCAAAAAGGUGGCCCCCGAGGAGGAGCUGGCCAUCAAGGAUCCCUUUAAUGUGAAGACCGGAGGUCUGGUUAAUAUGCAGCAGUUGAAAUCGGGGAAGAUGAAGGAGGCUGACGACGCCUACGACGUGGGCAUUGGCACCCAGUUCUCGGCGGAGACGAACAAGCGGGAUGAGGACGAGGAAAUGAUGAAGUACAUCGAGCAGGAGCUGCAGAAGCGCAAGGGAGGCGGCACAGAAGCCACCGCGGAGGACGAUGGCGAUGUGAACAAAUACCUGACGCCCGAGGAUGCCGCCCUGUACGCCCUGCCAGACCAUCUGAGGCAAUCGUCCUCGCACAGAUCCGAGGAGAUGUUGUCAAACCAAAUGCUGAAUGGCAUUCCAGAAGUAGAUCUCGGCAUUGUGGCGAAGAUCCGGAACAUAGAGGCCACCGAAGAUGCCAAGCAGAAGCUGCUGCAGGAUGCCAAGAACAAGAAGGACGGUCCCUCACAGUUUGUGCCCACCAAUAUGGCGGUGAACUUUAUGCAGCACAAUCGAUUCAACAUCGAGGACAACAGCGAUCAAAAAAGACGCAAGCGGGAGGAGAGGGAGGGCAACAAGUCCGCCCAACAUCAAACGAAUCCCAAUGGAGUCAAACGAGCCACAGAUGACUACCAUUACGACAAAUUUAGGAAGCAAUUUCGCAGAUAUUAAGAGUGCCAGUAAUAAAAAAGUAACAUUUUUCAAUAUAAUCCCUUUUAUUUUGUAAUUCAUUUAAUAUCCGUUUAGUGGGCCAUUUCUGUAAAAUACAAGAAGAAUGAUAAUUAGUCUCUAUAACACAACGUAAUCAGAAUAGUUUAAGGUUUAAGAUCAGUGGGAGACAAAAUUAAUUUCAAAGCAACGCAUGACUGAAGCUCAAUGAGAUUCCUACUCAAUAAAUCAUCAGAUUAAAUAGCAAUAUUAUUUUAUUAUGAAUUUAUACACACCUUGUUAGAAUUUAAACUAGAAUCCAGAUACGUCUUGGAGUUACUAAAAUAAAUAACAUAAGUCUGGAUUAGUUUCCAACUUUUAAUGACAGCUCAGUUUUUAAAAAUUUAAUUAUCAGUAAAGGAUUUAAGUUGAUAUCAUAGCAACGCAUGACUGAAGCUCAAGGAGAUUCCUACCAAAAAUAUCAUCAGAGUAAGCUUAUUUUUAAAUUGCGGAUUAGUAAAAUGUAU